AACCGGAAAUGUAAAGAAAAGGGAGAAAACGCGGAAGUGGAUUGUGUGCUGUUUCAUUUACAGCCUUUGUGAUUUUUUUUGUUGUGAUUAGGUGUGAAACGCGAAAAUGACGCUGUCUUAGUUACAAAUUCGGUAAGGUUUUGUAUUUUGAAAGAGGACAUUAUAAUUUUAGGAACCCGUCAUGUGUUGCUUUAUGUGAUAGCUGUGUGGUUGUUUAGCUUUCGUGUUGAGCUAACCUGGGCCUGUGCGAUUACUGGAAAACUUCAUAAUCUUCCGCUAUGGCUGUCUCUGACUCUGAGUAAACACGAUCUUUGAUCCAUACAGUAUUUUAGGACAGUCCUCUCGCAGUUAAGCCCUACCAUAUUGCGGUGUUCAGUUGUGAGAUUCGGCUAGUGGAUGAUGUAUGCCCCCGCGGGAAGCGCUCUUCCUGUAACCCGCAGGAGACGAGGCGGGCCUGCCGUUCCCAAGCAGCCUGAACGCAGUCUAGCGUCUGCGUUCCCUGGUGCGCUCUCCAUCACAGCCUUGUGCACGGCCCUGGCUGAACCGGCGUGGCUGCGUGUGCAUGGAGGAACCUGCCCCAGACAGGAGCUUGGGGUGGCUGACGUGCUGGGAUACAUAGACGAGAAACUCAUUGAAGACUACUGUAUUAAUUCCCAGACUAUCCUACUGUUGCGAGUCAUUGCUGCCUUCUGUUUCUUGGGCAUCUUGUGUAGCCUGACAGCUUUUCUCCUGGAUGUCUUUGGGCCUAAACACCCUGCUCUCAAAAUUACACGCCGAUAUGCCUUCGCUCACAUUUUUACAGUGCUCCAGUGUGCCACUGUGAUUGGCUUCUGCUAUUGGGCUUCAGAGCUCAUCCUCACCCUGCAGCAGCAACACAAGAAGUAUCACGGCUCGCUCAUCUAUGUCACAUUUGCCAUCAGCUUUUACUUAGUGGCUGGAGCUGGAGGAGCUUCCAUUUUAGCCACGGCUGCUAACUUGCUCCGCCAUUACCCCACUGAGGAAGAGGAGCAGGCCCUAGAACUACUCUCUGAGAUGGAAGAGAGCAGUGAGACUUAUCCAGUUGACUAUGACAUUGCCAAUCAGUUCCAACCACCGCCUGCUUACACACCCUGAUGAAAAAGCAUUUUUUAAAAGUCUUUUGUGUUGUCCAGCCCUGCCACCCCCAUGCUUAAGGUACCUUUUGCAGCCUCCCAAAAAUUCAUGGACCGAGCAACCUGCAAAGUCCAUUUGCCAUGUAAUAAAUCAUCUACAUGUAGGCCUAAUACUUUACAGUACCCUUUAGCCAAUUUGCCCUUGUCUCAACUCCAUCCACGUUUAAAACUGUCAGUUGUGGGAUUUCAGUAUGACAGUGCUCCUGGAAUGGCUGAUAAUCACUGAGAAAUGUUCAUCUUUCGUUACCAUAGUUUGCAUGUAGAUGCCUGUAAAGUGUAAAGACCUGAGACCUAAACAAAACUACUUCUUGGUUGGGUCAAAAGUGGCAUUCUUUAUUAUGUACUAAUGUGAAUCUAAGUGUAGACUGAGAUUAGGCAUACAGUAAUCCAGCUGCUUCUUGGGCUCAUUGAGUAGGGUUUUUGAGAGAAUUUUAGGUUUCCUCUACUUUUUUUUUUUUUUUUUCCUUCUUCUGUUAAAUACAACACGUCAGUCUCUUGUCACAUUCUACAUGUAAAAAUCCACAUUGUAGUUAUCUUAUAUUUAGUGCUUUCUUUCAGUUUGGAUGUAACAUUUUUCAGCUGGUCAUGUGUGUACACACAUUUUGAUCCAGAGUGUAUUUUCACUUUUCCAUGCACCUACACUGAUAACAUUUUUUCACUGUUAACAUAUUUUUGGAGGGGGUGGUUGGUUUCUUUUUUUGAAACACUUAAACUUAAGUGAACUCUGCACUUCGAUGAUGCCCUGUAUGUUUUAUAUUUAUGUACUUCAUGUUUGAUAAUAUUGUAUAAUAGUGAUUUUUUGCUGUUCAAAACAAUUGACCUUAAUGCCAGAGUUUGACUUUGUUUUAAAUUCAACCUUUGAAAAACCGUGUGUGGCAGAAACGUCAGCAAUUUCUCCAAAGUCUUGUGGAAUUUUUAAAAACUUAAAUUAUUUCCCCCUAGCUUGUUAGUUAUUUGGUGAUGUGUGGCUUUUAAGAAAAUGCACAUAUUCCCCACAGCAAAUAGACUAUUUAUUUUCUCUUUUAUAUUGUUAAUUAUUCAUUAUACAUGGUGUACAUCUACUUAAUUCUCUAUGACAUUGCUAUAUGUAUCAGGCUCAUUGGCUGUGAUUUUGAAGUGUUCCAUUUUGCCAACUUGCGUUAGUGUGUUGACCAUUUGUUUAUAGUUAUAAUCCCACAUCUGUCUUUGUGUUUUUUUUUGCAGUAUGCUUUGCUAGUUUAUAUAAUUGAGGAUGUCACAGCUCACAGUGCUACUCCAAAAUUCUUCUAAGAAAAUUACAAGUCUUGUGUGUUCAUACGAUUGCAGUUCACUCAAAUUGUUUAUAGUUCUGUAAUUGUUUGAUAUUUCACAGCAUGCCCUGACUAUGUAAUGUAUGAGUGUUUACUCAAUGAUCAUUAGAGAUCUGACCGUAAACAUGUACUAUUGAAUUUUACACACAUUGUUUUUGCUUUUAUAUUGGGGUGGAUUGUGACAGUUCUGCUAUGUUUCUCCUUCUGUAUUCAUUUCUGUAGCUUUGUCAUUGAAAAUAAAGGUUCUCUGACAGUU